GGCUAACAAGCCGAGUGAGUUUCCGAACGCAAUGGUUGACGCACGCAUGAAAGUUCGACUGCUUUAGUUUCGAAAGUUUGUGUUAAAAUCUUAAUAAAUUCAGUGUAAAAACAACGAAAAAGGAACGACUUUAAUUAAUAACAUAACUUAUGUAUACUCUUUGUUGGAACGGAAUGUGAAUAUUAAUACAAGUUAAUUAAAACGAAGUGAAGCUAAGUGAUCAAGUUUAACUUUUUGUGUCAACAAGUUUAUAUCCUUUACUUGAAAGUUUUUGAAACAAGGCCGUGAUUCAAAGAUUUUCUUCUCACCCCGUGCGAAGAUCAACCAAGGGAAACUGUUAUGACGGUACUCAAAGCUGCUAACAAUGGAAGUAUCAGAGAGACAAUCCCACAACUUGAAUAGCUAGAAAACAUAAUAAAAACAAACCAAUUACCGAGCACAGCUAUGUGAAAAAAUAUAAUGUGACAUAACGCCAUCUAGCGGUUUGAUUGCGAACUAGGUUGGACUGUGAAAGUGUUUGAAAUCAAGAUGAAGUUGAAUUUGUUUAAACGGUCGAUGAUUUUUGCGACUUUUUUUGGUUCGUGUUUGUGUAUAGCGUUGAUAGUGGCGUCUUUGGGGACUACGCAUUGGAUCGAUGCGCGUGCGCGGAGAACGUCAAACCCUUUGGAGUCGGAAGGCAGGAUCAGUUUUGGUCUCUUUGAAGGACGGAAAGAGCUGAACUUUGGAUAUGGGUGGAGGAACCAUGAUUUUAGCAUAAAAGCGGGUACACACCCAGCUCGUCGCUGGGCGUGGUGCGGUACCGCAGCCCUGCUGGGCGCAGCAGUGGUGUCGGCGGGCGGCGCUUGCGUGCUGGCAGCGCUUGGAUCCGCAGCGAGAGCGCGGUGUUCCCCUAGACCGCUGCUGAUUAGUAACUCUUUAGCAGUGCUAUUCAGCCUUGGAGCGAUAGCAGUUUGGCUGACGGAGUACUUCCUGAGACUGCAGCACAACGUCAUGUCGGACGAGGAUCUGGCCAACACCUGGUCUUCUGACGACACUGCUGACCUUGGACUGUCCUUCUGGUUGGUGGUAUCAGCCAGCAUAGCGGCAUUCAUCAACGACGUUUGCAUUCUCAUAGCAAUGGCGGACGGUCGGGACAUCGACACUAUCGCGCCGGCACUGGAGGAGAAAGUCAACGGAGCUAUCAUGUUGUAUUAGUCAUUUUAUACCUUAAAACAAGGUCAUAAGGUUUGAUUUAGAUUGUCAUUUACAUACGCCAAUCGUGAAGGUAUAGUCCAAAUUAAUGUCCAACCAAUUACCAAUGUCUUAAUUAUUAAAUUAAGACAUUGGUAAUCACCCUUAAGACAACGGUGUUAAGGUAUGGGUUUGCUUGUCAUUUACAUACUGAAAGCAAUCUUGAAAGUUCUUAAUCUAAAAUCAGAAAUUGAAAAUUCUCUAAGGCUGCCCGCCUACGUCCGAUAAUCGGUGACCGAUUUUUUUUUUUGAGUAAAUAGAACACUCUGAUAAGAUAUGUAAGACUUUUCUACACAUAUUUUGGUAAUAAUACAUUAUUCAGAAUUGUUGUAUGUAAAAGACAAACUAUGCUAUCGCACAAAGUUUACCUUGUUGCAUAAAUGCAUUGUUUCACAAUAGCAGAUCUCUCUAUGGGGUUUACCUACCGAGUGAUCUUUGAAGUUGACCAAAAUAGGACUUAAAAUUUGACAGACACUUAAGAAAAUCGAAUCAUUCAUACUAAAAAUUAUGGACUGGAUAGAUUUUAUAAUAUGUGACAAGUAACGACAAUGGCAGAUUUAAAUGUAGUAGGUAGAAAGAAAUGCUCAGACUCAUUCCACUAGCAUAUAAUUUCCCCUAACUUCCCCAAACUGUAUUAUUUUAUUCCCCAAAUAAUUUAUAAGUUGUAAGAAGGCUGAAUGUUAGGUUAAGUUCUAAACGUAAAGUAAGUUGUGAUUAACUCCGUAAUUAUUAUUGUAAAUGUUUUAUAAUAAAAUGUGUAAACGUGAUUAAACUUAUACGUAAAUUUAACUUUUCACCUAAGUAUUCAACUUAAAAUAAAAUAGUUUGUGACAAUUUCUGUUACGCAAGAAGCAAACUUGCUGGUAUUGUAAUAAAGUGUAUUGUAAUAAGUCCUUUCUUCUUUUGAUUCUUGAAAUCUUUAAACGCAACAUUUGAAAUUAUUCGUUGGUCAAAAGUAGUAUUUUUUUAAGUAUUCAAUAAUUACCUCAUAAGAACAAAUCCAUAUAAUAUACUCAAGAAGGAACAAAAUGUAUAUCUAUUUUCAAAUGUAUUUUCUUUUUAAAAAGAUCUGCAUAAAUAUACAAGAGAAACUUUUACUCUCAUGAUAUUAAUAAUUUAUACGUCUUUGCCAAACUUCAUGGCGAGCAAAGAGAGCAAAUAACUUCUCUCAAGUGCCCAUACACGCUGAUACCUAUAGAUAGGUUCUGCUCAAUAGGACUUGUGCAAUGUUCCCAGCUGCCAUUAAGUUUGACACGACCUCCAUCAGUAAAAAAAACCUCAAAUAUACCAGGUCCACAGAUUAAAUGUAUUCUGCUAGGGCUCAGUUGUACCAUUUAACUAUAACGAUAACCAGCCGAAUAUUUGCCGCCCGUUGGCCAAAUCGGCAAUUUGACAACUGAAAAUGGUUCGGUUAUCGUUAUAGUUAUAUGGUAUACCUCACCGUAAGAGUACUUACUGUUAUAUUGUUAGAAAAAUUCAAAGUAAAUUUUUAUUUCAUAAAUAGGUCUAUAAAAGCUCUUUCGAAACGUCAAACUAGUUGCACGGUUCCAAGAAAUUGACUCUCAGGCCUCUGCCUCGAAUUUUGCGGGCAGCGGGGCGGCAGCGGCGGCGGCGCGGCAGCGGGGCGGGUAACGCAUACCUGUUCUCCAAACUAGCGGGCACUAUAGCGGUGUAGUGUCGUGUUUGCUGUUCCAUAUGGGUGUCCUUUCAAAGAUUGCCGAAAUAAUUAGCUCUUGCACGUCAGAAGACAUUUUGA